AAUAAAGUGUGGGUUGCAGCAUUUGGAGUGCUGUCUUCUGGGUUAGCUGUGCUAAGCAGCUUUGGACUGUUACUGUUCUGUGGGGUACCAUUUGUUGUGACUGUGGCAAAUGCACCAUUUCUUAUACUGGGGGUUGGUGUUGAUGACAUGUUCAUUAUGAUCUCCUGCUGGCAACAGACUAAUCCUAAAAAUAAAGUUGAAAAGCGGAUGGCUGGAACUUAUGCAGAGGCAGCAAUGUCUAUCACAAUCACCACUCUCACUGAUGUUUUAGCCUUCUACAUAGGGAUCAUGACUUCCUUUCAGCCUGUGAAGUCCUUUUGUCUCUACACAGAAACUGCUUUCAUCUUCUGCUAUUUAAACAACAUCACAUUCUUUGGAGCUGCUCUUGCUUUAAAUGGUAAAAGGGAAGAAGGCAACAGACACUGGUUAAUUUUCACAGAAGUGAAGGACACUGUUCAGCCUCAUCGCUCCUGCUUGUACAACACGUGCUAUGUAGGAGGCUUUUCUGAUCAAUCUUCUGGGGGAGAAGGUGAACAUCCAAUGAACAAAUUCUUUAGUAAAUAUUAUGGUCCUUUCCUUACAAAGAUCUGGACCCAAGUGUUUGUGGUGUUGCUGUAUGGAGGGUUCCUGGCUAGUUGUAUUUAUGGGUGUACUCAGAUGAAGGAAGGUAUAGACCUGCGAAAUCUGGCUACUGACGAUUCUUAUGUCAUUCGGUACUAUGACUGGGAAGAUGAAUAUUUCUCAGAGUACGGUCCUAGUAUUAUGGUCACUAUAACAGAAAAUGUACCUUAUUGGAAUCCAUCCAUUCGUAAUGACAUUGAGAACUGUAUGAGUGUAGCAAAUAACUCCUAUGUGGACAAGAGUCUCUCAGAGUCAUGGCUAUGAAUGUAUGAGAAUGUUGCUAGAAUUGGUUCACUGAAUAUAGAUACUAAAGGUGUUUUCAUGGGUAACCUAUCUGAACUAUAUAAAUUAUUUUCAGAGUUUGAAUGGGAUAUUGAUAUUCGCUAUAAGGAAAUAGCAACUUCAUGUUUUUUCAUUCAAACAGUGAAUGUUACUACUGCAGUUGAUGAGAAAAACCUUUUACACCAAUUAAGAGACCUAGCCAAGGAAUGUAAGAUCCCAUUAAUGGUAUAUCACCCAGCAUUUAUAUACUAUGAUCAGUUUAUUGUAAUAGUGCCAAACACCAUUCAGAAUGCUGGAAUUGCUUCUGGAGUCAUGUUGUGUGUUUCCUUGCUGCUUAUUCUCAAUCUGCUCUGCUCCUUGUGGGUAACUUUUGCUAUUGCUUCUGUUAUUGUUGGCGUUACUGGUUUCAUGACAUACUGGGAUGUUAAUCUUGAUUCCAUAUCUAUGAUUAACCUUGUCAUUUCCAUUGGGUUUUCAGUAGAUUUUUCUGCUCAUAUAUCCUAUGCAUUUGUUUCAAGUGAAAAGUCAACUCUGAAUGAGUAGGCAGUUGAUGCCCUGUAUCUUCUUGGUUACCCGGUGAUACAAGGUGCUAUCUCCACUAUAUUAGGAGUAAUUGUGCUGUCUGCAGCACAAGCUUACAUCUUCAGAACAUUUUUUAAGAUUAUGUUUCUCGUUAUCUUGUUUGGAGCGGUUCAUGGUCUUGUUUUUAUUCCAGUAUUUUAAACAUUUUUUGGAAUUUGUGGCAGAUUAGCAAACAAAAGAGUAAAUAUAAGAAACAAUAGGAGAAAACAGCAACUCUUUUAGUAACACACAAAAUCCAAA